ACGUCGAUGAAUGUCCAAAUCUUGGCUGAAAGCUCAAGCAUCUUGUCAACUUCUGCUUCGAAAGGUGGUGUUGAUUGCAACUGAAGCCGUUCCAAUAGUGGCUCGCGGAGUUGACUUCUUGAAUGGGUGUCAAAUAACUCUUGUUCAAUACUGAUUGUAGAAAUAAUGUCGGCAUAGCUCCUUUCCUUGAGAAAGGGCUCCUCUGACUGCUUGAAGUCAAAGAAAUAGGUCUCUUGAUAAAAAUUGAGGAACUCAGUGUACUUGUUCGAAAUUUCUGCGUCUGUUGGCAUGACACCCCGGAUGACCUUGAUGACUUCACGUUUUGCAUCGUCAUCGAGGGUGACUGGGCCCCUUUUGGAAGCGUCCAGGGCAGUUUCUAUCCCCGGCGAUAUUUUCACUUAUGAGGAUGUCAAGACAUAUUCUGGCGCUCCGAUUUUCCUUGAAAUCCAAGUCGGAGAUACAACUUAUCGGAGACCUGCAACCUUGGGUGGUCUGCUCGAUGUUGGUGGUUCGAUUUACGGGCUUAUGGUUGCACAUGCAGCUUCUAAGGAUUAUUUACACGACUUGGGCUCCUCUGGGAAGCCGAUGUCGUACGUACAUUAUGACGAUAAGUACGAGAUUCCCGAGGACAGGGAGGAUUUGGACCUUAAACAACCUUUAUCGGAUGCGGCUACUGGUUCUGAUACAGCAUCAACUCGGGGCCGGCUACAUGAUGUUCAAGAAUGGCUCUCGUCUUCUAGGAUGGUCUGGCCCAGACUAAAUCCCUCGUUCGACGUUUCAAGGGACGGAACAGGCCACUCUCCUAGGAGGCUAGGAUCAAUUCGUCAUAUCUCUUCAAACUUCGACAGAGAUCUAUUCGAUUGGGCAAUUGUCGAAUUGGAUACUUCAAGCUUCGCUGCUCGCCAGGUGAACAGAUUGAUUUAUUCAGCUACAGGGUGGUUGGAAAUUCCCAUUUCAUCCAAGUUGGCCUUGCAGCCAGGACCCAGAAGUGCUAUCGUAGCAGCAACUGGGUCCAGUGGUUAUGUCAAGGGCUAUCUUUUCUCUACUCCUGUACUCUUUCAGAUGGAGCCAGGAAGAUCUCCCUUGCAAGCCAGGGAAGUGGUAUUUGAGAAAGAACUCAAGCUCGGAUUCUGGGAUGUUGCCAUGCGAGUUAUCGGCCGAUUGAUGUCUUUCGAUAUGUUCAUGGCUAUUGCCGGUAUUUUUCUGACGGCCACCUGA